AUGGCUGCUGACAGUCCAUCUAAAGCUCAAGAGAACAAAUUGAUCAAAUGGUUGAAGUAUAUGUUUAUCUGGUACCCGGCUAAUUACACAACACAAGAAAGAAAGCUGUUAUUUAAGUUAGAUCUCAUUAUCUUGGUCUAUGGGUGUACCUCCUUUUUUGCAAAAUUUUUGGAUCAAACAAAUAUCACAAAUGCGUAUGUUUCAGGAAUGAAAGAAGAUUUAUCACUUUAUGGAAAUGAAUUGAACUGGCUUAAUAUAACUUAUUUGUCUGGAUAUGUAUUGGGUCAAAUUCCAUUUUUGUUGCUCAUGUCAAGACCAAAAUUUUCGAAAUAUGUGUUACCAACAUUAGAAAUAUUGUAUGGGAUUUGUACAUUUUGUCAAAGUAGAAUCACAAAUAUUGAUCAACUUUAUGCUUUGAGGUUCUUGGUUGGAUUAUUUGAAGCUCCUUCAUUUGCAGGUGUUCAUCAAAUACUAGGAGUAUGGUAUGGAUCUCGUCCUUACAAAGGUAAUCCACCAGAAUUGUUUGUGAGGGCUGGUACUUGGUUUCUGUGUUCUUCUUUAGGAAGUAUGUUUUCAGGAUAUUUACAAUCCGCAGCUUACAGAAAUCUAUCAGGAGUUGGAGGAAUGAGAGGGUGGCAAUGGCUAUUUAUUAUUGAUGGGAUAAUAACCAUUCCAAUUGCAUUUGUUGGAUAUGCAUUCUGGCCUGGGUUGCCAGAUUCCGGUAAACCAUGGUAUCUCAAUAAAGAAGAGUAUUCAUUAGCGUUGACAAGAACAAAGAGAAACAAAAUUGAAAAACCUGGCAAAUUGGAUAGAUCUGUAUGGAAAAGAACAUUUACACAGUGGAAAUGGUAUGUAUUUGUUGCUGCUUAUAUAUCAAUGAUGAUGGGAUAUUAUCCAACAAAUUAUUUUUCUUUAUGGCUUAAAGCUCAAAAAAAGUAUACGGUGUAUCAGAUCAACAAUUACCCAACAGUUACUAAUGCUGUUACAAUAAUUUCAAGUUUCACCGGUACUGCAUUAGCUGCGGUUUUUGAUCCGUGGAAAAUCUUUUUGGUUUCUAUUAGUGGACAAGUUAUUUUUGGUAUUAUUAUGAUCAUUUAUGAUGUUCCACCAGCUGCUACAUUCUUUGCAUUUUAUAUUGCUGGUACAGCAGGUUGCAGUUCGCCUAUCUUGUAUUCUUCAAUCAAUAGAAUACUUAGAGGAGAUCAAGAACAAAAGGCAAUUGUAAUGGGUUCUAUGAUGUCUAUUGGGUAUUUUGUUUAUACAUGGUUACCAUUGGCGCUAUAUCCAACAGCUGCAUCAUAUGGUGAAAGAGCAGCUCCUCGCUGGAAAGUUGGGUAUCCAACUCAAUUAGCCUUCACUAUUCUUUUGGGAUCUUUCUUCUUGUUGGCGACUUAUUUGGAUAACAGAGAUAGAAUUAAUAGCGGUGAAACUAUGGAUGUUGAAGAGGAUGUUAUUGAUAGUGAUGAAUCUUCAUUUAGUGAACUACAUGACAUUGAAAAUGGGAAAGUGCAUAUUGUUACUUCUGUUAACAAUAAGAGUAUUUCUAACUAA